AUUUCAUAAUUUGGUUGGAAGCAAAGCGGUCAGUGGCUUGUCUUCCACCAUGGGGAUUGAAAUCGGAAAUGCAUAUGUCAAUUGAAUGGAUCUCGUCUAAGACGGCACUGGCAUUUUCUUAUAUGUUGUGUGAAUAUUGGAGUGGAUGGAUGGAGCGAGGAAAGCCGUUGUCGAGGCCAUUCAUGCAUCACCUACGCAGGCAGUCAUUUAUUUGAGCGGAGGCGCAUCUCAGGCAUUGGGAUGGCUAAUGAGUGUACCUGGAGCGUCGUCAACAGUUCUUGAGGCGGUGGUUCCUUAUUCUCGCAUGUCCAUGGUCCAGUUGUUAGGAAAGGUGCCAGCGAGUUUUGCAGCCCAGGAAACUUCAGACAACAUGGCUUUAUUAGCAUAUAACCGUGCAUUAAAACUUUCUACGACAGGAAUUCCAGUAUCGGGCAUUGGUUUUACAGGAGCACUAGCAUCUAAUGCUUCAAAGCGUGGAGAGCAUAGGUGUUAUGUAUCUGCAAGAACAUCACAACAUAUGUGGAGAUCUAAUAUCAUACUUUCAAAGGGGUUAAGGAACCGUGAGGAAGAAGACACGCUGUCAAGUCAGCUUCUACUCAAGGGAAUUGCUACUGCAUGCAAUGUCUCAAUGGACCCACUUAUGGAGUUGCAAGAGAAUGAGAUAAUUAAUGAGUUCAAACAGUCUUUUGAUGAAGAUCAAGAAUUGGAGCAACUUAUCUCUGGGCAAAUAUGCAUGAAAGUUUACUCUUUUGAUAAAGGACAUGUUCUGGAGCGUGGCCGAAGAGUGAUUUUGUCUGGUUCAUUCAAUCCUUUACAUGAUGGCCAUGCCAGACUUUUGGAGAUAGCUUCCAGUAUAUAUGAAAAUGCCUUUUCAUGCUAUGAAAUAUCGGCUAUAAAUGCUGACAAGCCCCCGUUGACACUCAAACAAAUCAAGGAUCGAGUCAAACAAUUUGAAGCAAUAGGGAAAACAAUCAUUAUAACAAAUCAGCCAUAUUUUUACAAGAAGGCAGAACUUUUACCAGAUAGUACAUUCAUAAUUGGUGCAGAUACUGUUGCUAGAGUUGUUGAUCCAAAAUAUUAUGGUGACAACUAUGAAAGAAUGUUGGAAGUAUUAUUGGGUGUCAAACAACUUGGUUGCAAUUUCCUUGUUGCUGGACGGAAUGUGGGUAGCACCUUCAAGGUUCUUGCAGAUUUUGAUAUUCCUGUGCAAUUGGAGGGCAUGUUUUCACCAAUACCUGAAACAUUGUUUCGCAUGGACAUAUCAUCAACAGAAAUAAGAGAAAAGCUUCACUGAUCUACUGGUUCCUUAGAGAAAAUAUUAAAACUUCUAAGACAAAUUGUCUAAUUUGGCUAUGAUGUGGUUAUAUUGCAUACUUCAAAAUUUACAACACAUAAUACUUGUGAGCCUUUUGCUCUGAAUCCUUGGUACGUUGUGAUGUAUCAAUGCAUAAGUUUGGAUAUAGCAUCGACCAUUAGUUUUAGAAACCCCAAAAGCAAAUUUUCUGCAUCGUAAGCACUCAAGUUUUGCAAAUAAUUAUCAGUUAAAGUAUUAAAUGAUCCGUAUAUGAUUUCAAGUUUGUUUUGAUCCAAAA